UUUUAAACAUGAAAUCGUUUCACAUUUAGGCGGAAAACAAAUUAAAUAUUAUUUUCAUGAGAUAUUGUAUUCAGAAUUUAAGAAAUAUUUACAAAAAUGUCUAAAGUAGUAAAUACAAAUGGAAAUAAACCAGGCAGUAUUUACAGAAUUGCGCUUGAAAACUUUUUAACAUACAAAGAAGUAGAAUUAUAUCCUGGUCCUUCCCUCAACGUGAUAAUAGGUCCAAAUGGCACGGGAAAAUCGACUUUUGUUUGUGCUAUUAUUUUGGGCUUAUGUGGAAAAACUAGUGUUAUAGGAAGAGCUAAAAAGAUAUCUGAAUAUGUAAGAUGUGGAUGUGAGCAAGCAAGUAUAGAAAUAGAGCUAUAUCAGAAACCAGGCCAGAGAAAUGUAAUUAUCACUAGGAGUUUCAAUCUCAAAGAAUUAUCCAUGUGGUAUAUAGACCAUAAAACAGUCAGGGAGAAGCAGGUUCAGGAAUUAAUUGCAUCAUUUAAUAUACAGGUUGACAAUCUCUGUCAAUUACUACCACAAGAUCGCGUGCAGGAUUUCUCCAAAAUGAACCCUCAGGAGCUGCUGAGAAGCACUCUAUCAGCUGUCGGUGGUCAGGACAGUGUGGCACAACUCGAUGAGCUGAUAAGCACUAGAAACGAACAGCGCUGUUUGAAUACAACAUUGGAGAACAAUGCACAGAUGUUGCAAGAACAAACUAGAUUGAAUGAACGACUUAAAGUUAUAAUAGAUACAAUGAAUCAGAGGAAAGAAAUAGAACACGAGAUUGAAAUAUGCGAAAAAAAGAAGCUAUAUAUUGAAUACCAAGACCUUAGGGAAAAGGUAGUUGAAUACACCAAUGAUAAGAAAGAAGCGGUUAAACUCGUCACGUCGCACAAAAGCAAAAUGGAGCCACUCGAAAAGGUGCUAGAGAAAGCCAAAAGUGGCAUCAGUAAGUUGGAACAACAGAAGUUGAAUGCUGGUAGAGAACUACACUCCCUCAAAGAUAAAGUAAAAGAAACAUUGAACACAGUGCGAUCACAAGAGUACACUCUGAAAGAUUUGGAUUCGGCAUUUCAAGAGACAUUGGAACGUCAUCAGAAUAAAAAACGAGAGCUCUUAGAGGCUAAAACUAAAUUGGAAAAGCUAGUCACUGAUAAGGAAAGAUUGGUAGAAACGGUUGGUGAUGAGAGUAGAGUGAAAAUGGAAUUAGCCGAACUCCAUAAGCCCAUAACGAAAACAAAUGCAGCGAUUGACACAUUGAAGAAGCAGAAGUUGGAAGUGCAGUAUGAUUUGGAGAACAAUGUUACACCUCAGAUACGGCUGUACCAAAACAAAAUACGCAAUCUAGAAGAUGUGGAUCUAAAGAGAUUAGAAGUGCUCCGCUCAUACAGCGAAGACGCAUACAACGCAGUUAUGUGGUUAAGGGACAAUAAGAAUAUGUUCGAACAACCUGUUUAUGAACCCAUGAUGCUGGAGAUCAACUUCACCGACCCGAAGUUCGCGCGAUAUCUAGAAGCGUCGGUGGCCGCCCGCGAUCUCGUCGCAUUCACGUUCGAGUCCAGCCGCGAUAUGAACCUGUUUAUGAAGAAGGUUCGAGAGCUCGGCUUGAAGCGAGUGAACGCUGUGUGCAGCCCGCCGGACAGUUUCACUAUACAGAGGCAGGAUAUAUCGCAGUUGAGCUACCUCGGCUUCUACGCGUACGUGUCGGACGCGCUGGCGGCGCCGGCGGCGCUGCGGCGCUGGCUGUGCGCGCACUACCGCCUGCACCGCGUGCCCGUGGGCGACGCGCACACCUACACACACAGCGCAAGAGUGCCCGCGCACAUCACGCACUUUUUCACGGAAAACCACAAGUUCUCGGUACGCGUAUCAGCGUACAGCGGAGCCAAAUCAAGUUCCACAGUCGAGAUUCGUCCCGCGAGGUUGCUCGCUAAUACUGUAGACGUUGAACAGAUUACCAACUUCAAUAAUCAAUUAUCUAGAUUAGAACAAACAGCACAGUCUCACAAAACAAAAAUAAAGGAGAUAGAAACUAAAUUGUCCGCCUUGGAAGUUAGUUUAAACGAAUUCAACACUAAGAGGAAAAGGAUCAACGAAGGAGUGGAGAAGGUGCGAACGCUAAGCGCCCAAAUUCGCUUGCAAAACAAAAAAAUCGAAGACAUACAAAACGAGCCGACACUUAACAUCGAGCAAGAGAAAGAGAAGUGCAAGAGGAAACAGAAAGAGAUAGUGCUACAGCAGUGUCGCGCACAAGAGGAGUUGAGCAGGAUCGUGAAGGAGCUACAGGGGAAGAUGUUGGAUAGGGAGUUGUGGACGAUAAAAUUGGAUAUAAGCAGGAAUGCAAUUGUGCAACAGGACUCGCAAUUAAGGGAGUUAAGAAACGAACUGAGAAAUGUUCAAGCGACGCUAGAAAACAUCGAGAACCUUCUAACGCGCGCCAAAUCGAACGCCAAAGAGAAACUUCUGGAAGCUAAAAGAUCGUGCAACAAUAAAUUGCCACAAGACGCAGAUUUCCCGUACAAGCAACAAUUCGAUGAAUUACCAUCGGAUCUCACUCGAUUGCAAGAGCACUGCUUCGAGUUGCAGACGAGAAUCGAAUGUAUGGACAGUGGUGAUGAACAGAUUAUAAAAGAAUAUGAAGCACGCGAGAGGGCGAUAGCUAAACUCAAAAUGGACGUCAACAGUUCUGCUGAUCUGAACAAGCGGCUUGAAGACAAGAUGAAUUCACUCAAAGCAAAAUGGCUGCCGUCCUUAGAGAUUUUACUGAGUAGCAUAAACAAGGGUUUCGGUGACAUGUUCGCUAAGAUGGGUUGUGCUGGUGAAAUUAAGCUGGAAAAGGCGGGAUCUGAUGAGGACUACGACGGGUACGGCGUGGGCGUCUGGGUGCGGUUCCGCGCGGCGGAGCAGCUGCAGCAGCUCACGCGGCACGCGCAGUCGGGCGGCGAGCGCGCGCUCAGCACCGCGCUCUACCUGCUCGCGCUGCAGGCGCGCGCCGCCGCCGUGCCCUUCCGAUGCGUGGAUGAAAUCAACCAAGGCAUGGACGCGAUAAACGAACGGAAAAUGUUCCAGCUCCUGGUGAAGGUGACCACGGAACGCGACAACUCGCAGUACUUUCUGCUGACGCCUAAACUACUGUCAAAACUAGAGUACGACGAAAAGGUAACGAUACAUACGAUAAUGAACGGCAAGAAAAUCAUGAACUACAGGCAGUGGCAAUAUCAGAAGCAUUUAGAAAACGCGCGUGCGUACAGACAGACAUCCUAACGUUAUAUUUUUUUAUGUCAUUGUGUACAACAGGGCUGGUGGUUCGCCUGAUGGUAAGCGAUCACCACCGCCCGUGAACAUUCGCACACGAAGUGCCUCUGCGACUCGCUUUUUAAGGGUAAAGGAUAGGGAAGAAAGGCCUGGAGAGGGUGAGGAAAAGGAUGCAGACCUCCGGAUAGAUAUAAAUAUGUAUAUAUACAUGACCGAGCAAACCUCAAUUACCUAGCGAUAUGAUAUACAACAAAGAGGGUCCUAUCAUUAACUGCCUAGACGAUUUAUUAAACUCCGCCGUUUAAUUAAAUUUUCUUACGCUGCUGUUGUAUUGAGUGAUACGUCUGGAUAUUAUUCAGGUAGUGAAAUAAUCGGUGCCGUUUUUUCAACGGCCUAGGCUGUUAAUGAAUGCUUUUUAGCCUUUGGUUUUGGUAAAAAUAAUAAACGUGUUCUAACAUUUUAAAAUGCUUAUUUGAAAGUUGUAAGGUUUUACACACUCGAAUCGUUUUGUGCCAUGAUUUUUAUUUCCUAGCAUAGCAAGUAGAUUUUAUUAGACUUAAUCAUUAAUUUAGUUCGUAUGCAUAUAUAAAAAAGACAUGUCAUAAAUAAGCCUCUGAUAUAAAAACUUUUAGAAUAUAUAUUUUAUACAUUAAAAUAAUUCUACGACAAUUUUAGUACGCACAAUCACUACUAAUAUUAUAAUGCAAAACAAAAAAAACAAUUUAGAUGGAAUUUGGUUCAGAUAUAGUUUGAGACUGUCAUCUUUAGCUUAGAAUACGCAGACGAAACCGCUUACCGAAAAUUAGUAUAAGAUUUUUGCUUUCUUAUUUCUAUAAACUCUUGUAGGUUCAUAAAAUAUGAUACGUUUUAAAAAUUGUAAGUGUUGAUUGCAUUGGAUUUUUUCAGUCCCAAAUUUUCAUUGUGUUAAGUUUCAUAUACUUUCGUAUUAAAAUUUUAUGCUAUACAAUUAUUCUGUCUUAAAGAUUUGUUGGUAUCAAUGCUUCAAAAAUGAUACUAGAAGAACUAAAAAUGUAACUUUAUGUCACUUAGAGGUGGAGUUUUCAGCUAUCUUGAAACAUACAAAUAUCAAAUAGUGACUAAAUAUAAGAAUUCGCUGAAUGAUAAAAAUGUCCAAUAUAAUUUUUAGUUUUAUAGCAUUGAAAUGCUUUAUAAAUGAGAAAUUUUGAAAGAAUUGGAACACUACUGUUUGGCAAAUAGUCGCGGGCUCGAAUCCCGCCUCGUGAUCAAUUUUUUUCUAUUCUUUCAAAAAAAUUCUCAAUGUUUAAUAUAUUCAAAAAAUAAGACUACACAUUUUUUUUUAUACCACGGUCAUAAAUUGGAUGGGUGAUCAUUUCUAUAAUAUAACAGAUAUUAUAUAUCGAGAAACCGACUAGACCGAUCAAAAAAAAAAAAGAAAUAUGUGCCUUAGUGAAAUGAUGUCAAUAGCGUAUCUUAAUAGUUUAUCGAGUCACAGCGAUGCAUUUUUGAUGAGAGCUGAUUUUUCAAUUGAUUUUUUUUUUUUCUCUUGGUGGAAAACGUUACUGUUAUUGCAUUUAGAUAUUGAAAAAUCAGCUCUCACUCUCUAUUUAUAAGUGUUUUUUUUUUGUUUGCUUUUUAAAUCGUGAUGUAAUAUCUUCUAAUGAAGAUUUUGUGCUGUGUAAUUUUUUAUAUAGGCUAUAGUGUCUUGGACCUUUUAUAAUAAAUCUUAGUAAUAAUGGCAAGGUUAUUAUAAAUGUUUCCAU